UGACCCCCGCCUUGGACGAGGAAACCCUCUCGGAAGGCGCCGCUUAUCCGAGUUCCCUGGCGGUCCUGCCCCUCGCACCAAACCUAGUCCUCACCGCAUAUCCUUUCCCGCGGCCCUGGGGAUGGAAGCUCGAUCUGGUUCAUCCGGCGCGUCUCCCGCGACACCCGCGACCCUUUCGGACCUCACGAAGCAUACACGCGAGCACUUCGAAGGCACAAUGGGCUUCGAAUAUACCGAACAACUCCUUACCCCCGAGAACAGUCGCUCCGAGACCUCCAGCAACAAUGACAACGCGUCCACCGAUGAGAAACCCACCCUCCGUCGAAGAUCUACACGUGUAACACGCGCUUCUUUGCGGGGGGCAGCCCAGCUCGAGGACCAUCUGGAGGUCGAUAACCAUGGCAUACCCACUCCGGCGGAUGAAAUCGAUCGUACGGCCUCCGGUGACACCCUGCUUGAUGGGGUCGGAGUUGCGGAAGGGAAGCGCUCCAAGUCCACCUCCCACCUCCGGCACAGCAUAGCGGUUAUGGAAACGGCUUUGUGGAGCGAGACCACACUCCCCCAGAACAAUGUGGACGGCGACGAUCACCCAAUGGCGCCAGAUACCCCCGUCUCCAAAUCGUCUCAGGAACCGCAGCCCGGCGACAUGAGCACGUCUCUACAACAACGGACCCUACGAAAGCGCGUGGAACAAGCUUUGACCCGGGAGGACAAGGAGUCGACCGAGGAUGCUAUGACUGCCAGUCUGGAAAACCGGAAGACACUACGUCGCUCAACCCGGUUGAGUAUAGUAGACAGGGCGUCGGACCUCGUCGACCGGGCUAGCAGCGUUUUGGGGAAGCGCUCGCGUGAUAAGACUGAAAAGAGCACAGAUCCAGGCCGGCGUGCCAGUUUACGCCCGCGCAAUUUUACCGCACCCAAGGAGGCUCCUCCGGUCUCACCUCCGUCUAGUCCCGCUUCUAAAAAGAGGCGGGUCUCUGAAAGUGAUCUCCCGUCCAAAGUUCAGUCUACCGAGGAAUCCUCUCAGGAGCAACCGACCCCUGCCGAAGCUGUUCCGCGCCUAAAGCGGAAGCGCUGGCUGGCGCAUGGCUUGUACACAGGACAAGAACAUACGGACGCUCCCCCGGUUCAGAGCAGGAAUCGGAGCAGACGGAAGAGCCAAACACAAACCCAGAACCCGCAACGGAAACUGCUGCCGAUGCCAAUGUUUGCAGGCGACAGACUAUUGAAGCAGGGGAGGGACUUCCAAUUGCCUUUCGACAUCUUCUCGCCACUGCCUCCUGGUCAGCCCAAACCGGACGAAUGGAGGAAAACCAACAAAAACGUCUUCGUGGGGGAUGCAUCCAGUAUAUGGCGCGCAAACAAGCACUGUGAGCUGUCUAAGUGUAUGUGCACGCCAGAAACCGGCUGCGACGAGGAGUGUCAGAACCGCUACAUGUUCUACGAGUGCGAUGAAGGCAACUGUGGGGUGGGUCCUGAGUGCGGAAAUCGAAGUUUCGAUGAGCUAAAGCAGAGGACCAAAGUUGGAGGCAAGUAUAAUAUCGGUGUGGAAGUCAUCAAGACGACGGAUCGCGGAUACGGUGUGCGCAGCAACCGCACGUUUGAGCCAAACCAGAUCAUCGUGGAAUACACGGGGGAGAUCAUCACACAAACCGAGUGCGAGAAGCGAAUGCGGACGAUCUAUAAACAUAACGAGUGCUACUACCUAAUGUACUUCGACCAAAACAUGAUAAUCGACGCCACUCGAGGCUCCAUUGCUCGCUUCGUCAAUCACUCUUGCGAGCCCAACUGCCGCAUGGAAAAGUGGACGGUCGCUGGCAAACCGCGCAUGGCUCUGUUUGCCGGGGAUCGCGGCAUCAUGACGGGGGAGGAGCUGACCUAUGACUAUAACUUUGAUCCAUAUUCCCAAAAGAAUGUCCAGCAAUGCCGAUGUGGCUCUUCGAAUUGCCGCGGAAUCCUGGGUCCGCGGCCAAAGGAGAAGGAUCAGCGUGCGAAGGAGUCCAAGGUCGAAACCCAAAAGAAGGCCAGAACCAAGCGAAGAAACAGCAAGGCAACAGGAACGAAACGCAAAUCUGGCGAUGUGCUCGACGAAUCUCCUUCACGCGCCAACAAGAAGCGAAAGCUUACGGUGGCCAAGUCGAUCAAGUCUGGCGUCAAGAAGGCUGUUUCGAGGGCGCGUGCGACGGUGUCGAAAGCCACCGCUACUCGGACAAAGCAGGUGAAGAAGGCCAAGGUAACCUCUGCCAAGCGAACCGCUGGGAAGGCUACGAAGACAGCAACCAAGAAGGUAGCUUUGAAAAAGGAAGAGGCCAAAAGUAAGAGCAUCAAGCUCCCUAAGGUCAAAGCGACCAAGGCCAAGGACAAGACCAAGGCCACCGUGCCAAAGAAGACGGCAGCGAAAGCGAAGGCUGAAAAGCCCUCGGCGACAACAUCGAAACUCAGUCGCCCGUCUGCAGCCACCAAGGCCAAAAUCCUCGCUGCGGCCAAGGGCACCGCCGCCCGAAGGAGGUCAACGAAGAAGGCAGAAGCUCCAGGAGCUCGUAAGGUCGCGAGCAAAGCAACCACGCAGACACCCAAGCCCAGAGGCGCAACUACUAAACGCGCCGCUGCAGCCACCAAGGGUAGUAGGAAAUGAUUGGACAUUCGCAGUCUUGGAUGGCUGGUCACCUCGCCGGUCUUCCUCCAUCCAGCCGGCAGGAUACCCUCCAUCUCAUGUGCCUGCAGACUCAAUUGCUCCUCCACAUGGCUUUUAAUGUAGUCAACCGAUUCCGCAUCCAUGAUCUAUCUCUUCUGGCUUACCUUACUUGGCCCUUCUCGUCUUCUCCC